GGUCAGAUGUCAAUGGUACACGUUACAGGUGUUGCACGUUUGCCCGGUGUCUUCUACUUUUGAUUUUGCUCCGAUUAUAAAAAUGGGGAAGCAAGGAAAUUUUCGGGGCAAGAAGGCAUCCAAGAAAGAAAAUGGAAAUAAGCAAGAUUCCAAGGUCCCCAGCCAGACUUCUGGAUCCAAGAAAAGACGUUGCUGUGGAGGGGGCUGUCUGUGCUUCAUUGUCCUCCUGUCUGCCCUGCUGGGGGGUGUAGGAGUACUGUAUUCCAACCAGGAAUACUGCACUCAGCUAGAUAAGGUAUUACGACAGUAUGCUGGAAAUGAGAUGGUGGAUGAGGGUUACCAUAAAGCGAAGGAUGCUUGGCAGUUUGUAAAACCCUAUGCCGAGAUAGCGCAAGAAAAGGGGACAGAACUCUUCCACAAGGUCAAAGAAAGUAGUGAGAUCGUGCUAGAUAAAGGGACAGAACUCUUCUACAAAGCCAAAGAAGAAAUUGAAAAAUUACUGAACGAUCCUAAAAGUACUAAGGAUAAAACUGAACAAGAACAAAAAUUAUCUGAAGAAAAGAGAAAGGCAGAAGAGAAAAGGCUUGCAGAAGAAAAAUUAAAAGCAGAAGAAAAGAGGAAAGCUGAGGAAAAGAGAAAGGCAGAAGAAAAAAGAAUAGCAGAGGAAAAAAGAGUAGCAGAGGAAAAGAGAAUAGCUGAGGAAAAAAGGAUAGCUGAGGAAAAGAGAAAAGCUGAGGAAAAAAGGAUAGCAGAGGAAAAGAGGAAAGCUGAGGGAAAGAGACUAGCUGAGGAAAAAAGGAUAGCUGAGGAAAAGAGAAUAGCUGAGGAAAAAAGGAUAGCAGAAGAAAAGAGAAUAGCUGAGGAAAAGAGAAUAGCUGAGGAAAAGAGGAAAGCUGAAGAAAAGAGGAAAGCUGAAGAAAAGAAAAAAGAAGAAGAAAGAAUAGCAGAAGAGAGAAGAAAAGAAGAAGAAAAGAGAUUAGCAGAAGAAAAGAAAAAAACAGAUGAAAAGAGGAAAGCUGAGGAGAAAAAACUGGCUGAGGAAAAAAGAAAAGAGGAAGAGAGAAAAGCUGAAGAAAAAAGGAAAGCAGAAGCAAAGAAAAUAGAGGAAGAAAGAAAAGCUGAAGAGAAAAAGCUUGCUGAAGAAAAGAAGAAACAAGAAGAAAGAAUAUUGGCAGAGGAAAAACAGAGAGCAGAAGAAAAGAGGUUAGCAGAAGAGAAGAAAAAGCAAGAGGAAAAAAAGAAAGUAGACGAAAGCAAAGAAAGUGAAACAAAAAAGAAGGAAGCUGAAAAGACAGAUGCAGAAAUAAGACGAUUAGAGGAAGAGUUUAAGAAACACGAAGAAGAGAGACAAAUGGAGGAAAAAAAGUUGGCAGAGCAAAAGAAAAAAGAAGAAGAGCAAAGGUUGGUUGAACAGAAGAGGAAAGAAGAACAAAAGUUAGCUGAACAAAAGAAAAAAGAGGAAGAGCAAAAGAUGGCAGAGCAAAAGAGGAAAGAAGAGCAAAGAUUGGCUGAACAGAAGAGGAAAGAAGAAGACAAAUUAGCUGAGCAAAAGAAGAAAAAAGAGGAAGAGAAAAAGAUAGCAGAGGAAAUGAGAAAGAGAGAGGAAUUAAAUAAAGCAAAUGACGAGAGAGAAGGAAAAUUUGUUUUGGAAGAGGAUGAAGAUGUCAACUUUGAAAAGGCAACUUAUCCAAAGAAAGACAUCACAAAUGAUGAGGAUUACAAUAUCAGUGACUUACUUGAUUUAGGAGAUGACUUUAUACAAGAGAAAAACUUGGAGAGAGCUAAUGACCAUUUUGAGCAACUUUUGACCAAGUACCCAAACAGUCCCCGAGCCUUGUAUGGAAAGGCUCUAUCCUUGGACAAGCUAGCAGAGAAGCAGCGAAGCAAUAAGAUGCUGGAGGAGGCCAUAGCUACGUUCCAGAAAGUAAUGGAUGCUAAGGAUACCCCAGACGAACUGUUCAAACAAGCAGGUCUGAAGCUAGGAGAGAAACUAGAGUUCCGAGGUUGGAACUCUAAGGCUGCUGCGACCUACCAAAACUUGGUGAACAAAUUCCCAUCAGAUAUAACUGUCAGGAAAAAGCUGGGAGUGUCAUACCUGUUAAUGGGCCAAAAUGAAAAAGCCCGCAGAGUCUUCUCAGAUAUUCUAGAUAUCGACAAGGGAAACAAUUUUGCCAGGGUCCAUCUUGGAUUUAUUGUAAAAGUCACUGACAACAACCCUCAGGAAAGCAUUCCCCUCUUGAGAGCUAUAAUGGAGAGCAACAGCAAAGAGAUUCAGGAGGGCAAAUUCUACUUCCACCUCGGGGAUGCCUACCAGAGAUUGAACCAGACAGAAAAGGCAUAUGAAGUGUAUGAGAGAGGUGUAAAGAAAGGAUUGUUUCUGUCCAAGUACCAGCGAUCUCUGUAUAACUGUGAUGGGAUUAAAGCACAACCUUGGUGGAAACCAGAGGAAACAGGCUACCAACAGUAUUUAAAGAUACUAACAGACAACUGGAAAUUGAUUAGAGAUGAGGGAAUGAAGCAGAUUGACCCCAAGACAGGCAGCUUCCUCCCUGAGGAGGAAAACCUCCUGGACAAGGGCCAGUGGAUGCAGUUCACCUUGUAUGCUAGAGGUAAAAAGAAUGCUAAAAACUGUGCCAAAGUCCCCAAAGUGUGUGAGCUUUUGGACCAGAUCACUCCAGCCAAAUCCUGUGUCAGGGGUCAGAUCAAGUACUCUCUGAUGAAGCCCGGGGUACAUGUGUGGCCCCAUUGUGGCCCCACUAACUGCAGAAUCCGAGCACAUCUCGGCCUAGUCAUCCCUGAGGGACCCAAAAUCAGAGUCGCUGAUGAAACAAGAACAUGGAAGGAGGGACAGUUCAUUAUUAUUGACGAUUCCUUCGAACACGAGGUCUGGCACACAGGAGCCUCUGAUCGUCUGAUCCUGAUCGUGGAUUUCUGGCACCCAGACAUUGACGAGAAGACGCGGAGAACACUGGACCCUAUAUGAUUCAGGGACAUCAGUUAGAAGUUAUUGAUAAUUCUGACAAAGUUUUGUUUUGGUGAACUUUUCCUUCUGUCUGUUUAGGUUUUAGUUGUUAUAUACACAUUUUGUGUGAGAAUGUAGAUGCAAUGGAGUGGUGAUGGGAUUUUGUGAGAAGCUGUGAUGAAAGCGGUGCAAUAGGUUAAUAAUUUAUCAGCAAAUUAUUCAAUGCAUUCAAGUACAUGUGAUGUCUGUGAAGGAAAAAUGUUGACGAAUGCUACAUGUAGUUGUGUGAAUUCUGUAGAUGUUUAAUGCCAGAACGUAUUAUCAUGAUGAUAUCAAAGUUGUUUAUAUUUUGUGUUACAACCUAGUUUGUAUAUUAAUUAGGUUUGUAACUGUAGAACUCUUAUUUCAUACAAGAAAUGUUUUUUUUAUUGUGAAGAUUAAUGAAGAGGCAAAAAAACAAUAUUUGCCUUAUUUGUUACUUUUGAUCUAUGACCUGCAACUCACACUAUCUUGCAGCAACUUGUGAUAUAAGGGGUCUACAGUAAAAAAAAAGUAGAAUUUUUUAUACAGAGUUUGAAUCAAACAUACCACCACUUCUGUGCAUCAAAGAUGUUGAAAGAACUUCCUUAUUUGAUGAAUGAUUUAUAAACUUAUGAAUUCUGGUUUAUAUGUAUGAAGAUAAAAAGAAUUGGUCAAUGGAGCAUGUGCCAUCUAAAUAUUGUAAGUGUGUUUGUGUGUGUAUGUAAGAAAUGAUUUUUUUUUUAAUGAUAAGUAACCUGUGUUUGUUGGAGCCCACCAGUUUAAAGUUUAUACAUUUCACCUAAUUGUCUAAAUAAAUUUUCACAAUGAAUUCAUAGAACAAACUACACACAAAAAUAGAUGAUGGGUAAACCUUUUGUUUUUUAAAGACAUCAUUUAUUGAUUGUUCAAUGCACCCAUUGUUGUUUGUUUUCAAACCUGUAAAACGGUGCUUAUUUGACACAUUUCUGUUAUGUUUUUCUUUAUGUUUGAGAAUUUUUUUUUACCAGAUAUAUGAAAAUUGGACAAUAAUUACUGUUACCAUAGAUCUGAGAGUUUGAAAGCAGUUGAUUUCUCUUUUAUAUUUAUGAGUUGAGCAUUAUGCAUACAUUGCUAGAAAUAGUGCACUUUGCUCUAGCAGCCAUAUUGGUAUGCAGCAUGAACUAUGCAAAGCUUUAAUUUAAUGAUAUAAUAUUUUGAGUUUAUAACUCUAGAAUUUUUUUUUGCUGUACAUUUUUUAUACACAUUUGAGCAUUUCCCUCUUGCCAUGCAUUGAAAGAUCAAAACAUUCCAAGGAUUUUAAGAUUACAUUAAGUGCUUUAGAACAAUACUGUGCCAUGCAAAAUCAUGACAAGUACAUGUACAACAUGUAUGGUGGUGCCUGCUGAUUUUUAUUAUUGACAUAUUUGAAUAAUCAUUUUAUGUGCUCUGUUUUGUUCAUGCAUGUAUGCAGUUAUAAUGGAAGAUUUCUUGAGGUUCAGAUUUCUUUGAGUACAGGGUUUGAUGGGUUGGGAUAAUUAUCGGUACUUAUAUAUAGAUUCCAAAUUUAAUAUGAGGAGUUAAUGUCUGUGUAAAUUGCAAGAAGUACAUCACACAGAUUUUCAAAUCUCACCUUCAUUUCUCUGUCAAAUGUGAACUAAAUGAAACUUUGAAAUAAAUCUCCUUUGUGUAAUUUUAAUCAUGCAAAUUGAUGCAAAGCGACAGAAUCUCUGAAUUAAGUAACCGGUACUCAUGUAAAAAAAGGAAUCUUUGGUUUCACCACAGGGUUAAACAGAUUACUUGUUUUUUUCCCCCACAGAACUACAUAAUUUCAUUUGUAUGUGGUGGAGGAGUGGCAAUUUUAUUUACAUUUGUGGCAUGUCAGUUUCUGUGGAAUCAUCAUUGUUUGUGGGGGGGGGGGGGG